CCCGGCGGCGGGGCCACCGGCGAGUCCAGCGCCGCCGCAGCCCCCCAAUGCGGCCGCGAGAAGCAGCGGGGGGGCCCGGCGAUCGAAGUCACUAGACGCCUCAUCUCCUAGAAGACCAGCAUUCUUGUGAUUAUGGAGGCCUCUCGGUCCUUUCUCUGACUGGAGCAAUGCUGACCUCAGUUUCUUGGACCCAUUCUGACUCAGGAGCCUUCACGUAAAUGGGUCCAGUCAUGCCUCCCAGUAAGAAGCCAGAAAGCUCAGGAAUUAGCGUCUCCAGUGGGCUGAGUCAGUGUUACCGGGGCAGCGGUUUCUCCAAGGCCCUGCAGGAGGACGAUGACCUCGACUUUUCUCUGCCUGACAUCCGACUAGAGGAGGGGGCCAUGGAAGAUGAAGAGCUGACCAACCUGAACUGGCUUCACGAGAGCAAGAACUUGCUGAAGAGCUUCGGGGAGUCGGUCCUGAGGAGCGUCAGCCCCGUCCAGGACCUGGACGACGACACACCCCCGUCCCCUGCCCACUCUGACAUGCCCUAUGAUGCCAGGCAGAACCCCAACUGCAAGCCCCCCUACUCCUUUAGCUGCCUCAUAUUUAUGGCCAUCGAGGACUCUCCGACCAAGCGCCUGCCAGUAAAGGAUAUUUACAACUGGAUCUUGGAACAUUUUCCGUAUUUUGCGAACGCACCUACUGGGUGGAAAAACUCGGUGAGACAUAAUUUGUCGUUGAAUAAGUGUUUUAAGAAAGUGGACAAGGAGAGGAAUCAGAGCAUUGGGAAAGGGUCAUUGUGGUGCAUAGACCCAGAGUAUAGACAAAAUCUAAUUCAGGCUUUGAAAAAGACACCUUACCACCCAUACUCACACGUGUUCAAUACACCCCCAGCCUCUCCUCAGGCGUAUCAAAGCACAUCAGGUCCACCCAUCUGGCCGGGCAGUACCUUCUUCAAGAGAAAUGGAGCCCUGCUGCAAGAUCCUGACAUUGAUGCUGCCAGUGCCAUGAUGCUUUUGAAUACUCCCCCUGAGAUACAAGCAGGUUUUCCUCCAGGAGUGAUACAAAAUGGAGCACGGGUUCUGAGCCGCGGGCUGUUUCCUGGAGUUCGGCCGUUGCCCAUCACUCCCAUUGGAAUGACGGCAGCUGUGAGGAACGGCCUCAGCGGCUGCCGGCUGCGGACUGAGAGCGAGCCGUCGUGCGGCUCCCCGGUGGUCAGCGGAGACCCCAAGGAGGACCACAACUACAGCAGCGCCAAGUCCGCCGCCGCCAGGAGCACCUCGCCGGCCAGCGACUCGGUCUCCUCCUCCUCGGCCGACGACCACUACGACUUCGCCGCCAAGGGGAGCCAGGAGGGCAGCGAGGGCAGCGAGGGCAGCUUCCAGAGCCACGAGAGCCACAGCGAAACGGAGGAGGACGACCGGAAACACAGCCCGAAGGAGGCCAAGGACGCCCUGGGGGACAGCGGCUACGCGGCCCUGCACAAGAAGCGCCAGCACUUGGCCAAGGCCAGGAAGGUCGCCAGCGACACGCUGCCCCUCAAAAAGAGACGCACGGAGAAGCCCCCCGAGAGCGACGACGAGGAGAUGAAGGAGGCGGCGGGCUCGCUCCUGCACUUGGCAGGGAUUCGGUCCUGUUUGAAUAACAUCACCAAUCGGACGGCAAAGGGGCAGAAAGAGCAAAAGGAAACCACGAAAAAUUAAAAACAAGUCACUGAUUUGUUUUGAA